UGGGGGACCUGAGCAAGAGCAUCGAUUCAAAGUGCUUUUUCAAGUUCUGGAUGUAAAUGGAGAUGGGGGGAUUUGUAUAAAUGACUUGACCAUUGGUCUUAAAAAACUGGGUGUGCACCGCACCGAACAUGAACUGAUGGUAAGUGGACACUGCAUGUCCUCACAUUGGGGUCAAACUGGAACAUCGGGUGGUAUUUGAAGAGCUAGUUUGAACCAUGACCUCCAGUACAUUUUAUUAUUAUCUUGAGUGAUGACCCCAGAUCCCAUUUAUAACCAUCUUUCUCUGAACAGACAUGCAACAGAUAGAUCACAAAUUGGUUGAAAAGAGUUUUAAGACUAGAUUGAAAUCUGAGUAGUAGUACUGUUGGAUGCAGUAUGCUGCAUCUAUUUGUAGCAGUCACAUAAUAGGGAAGGAAUACAAUUAUUGUUUAGCAUAAUAGUUUGACAAAGUGUUCAAGGAAAAUCCAAAUAUAUUAAUAAUUAACAAAAAAUAAACACUGGUUGCACUUACAUUGUUUUUUUUAUUUUUUAUCUUGGAUUCCUCUUAGAGGAAGAUUAUUUUCUUAAAAUGUGUUUUCAAAGGGACAUUGAUCAUGGUUUAAGUGAAGAAUAAUAACAUUAAUAGUAAUAGUAUAGUAGUAGUUAAUAGUUUUUUGAGGAGGGGUUUGUCUGGCUUCUGACGUAGUUUUGAGGAUGACUUGGUCACUAAGCACAUUUACUAGGGAAACCCUCUGCAUCACACCCCCACCCUCCCUGACUGUUUUAUGGUCCUAAAGUAAUGGCUCCUAAGCAUCUCCUGCUAUUGGCCAAGGCACUGGUGCCACUGCUCUCCAGCAGGACCUGUGAGCAUCGGAGCCUGGGAUUGGUCCGUCUGGGCUGCAGUGAGGAUGCAGGUUUCUAGAGCUCUCUCUGCUACAAACCCUGGUUGAUACAGAAUUAAACUCUUGGUCUCCUCUGCCGCCAUUUGACCCAUACAAUAUUCCACCUUGUCAGUCUGUUGGAGGAGUGGUUAUCCUGCGGCUAUAAUAUGCUGUGAGUUUUAAGUCAGUCUGUUUUUGAUUGUAUGUAUUUUAAAAAAGGAAAAAUCUGUUGAAUUGGAAACAACAGGGGAGCAGGGGUGUCCCUGAUCAACCUUUUACAACUAGUUUGAGUUCACCUUGUUUCACACAGCACACAGUAGGAACUGUGCUGUUUGCUAGGUAUUAUGCAGUACAGCCUUAAAGGAAUGCUGAAUUUAUUUUACCAAAGACUUUUUAAGAGAGCCGAAUGUAGGCCAGAAGGCAUUGAUAAAGGUCUGGCUGGGAACAGUGGGGAGCCGACUGCUGACAGUAGUGAAAAAGAUGAAAGUAAUGCUACCUCAAAGAAGACCACUUUAGUAAUAAUGAUGGCUCCCCAUGGAGAUCUUCAACAGAAAAUUGUAAAAGCCGGAGACAAAGACCUAGAUGGGCAGUUGGACUUUUAUGAGUUUGUGCAUUACCUCCGAGAUCAUGAAAAAAAACUAAGACUGGUCUUCAAAAGUUUGGACAAGAAAAAUGAUGGACGCAUUGAUUCACAGGAAAUUAUGCAGUCUCUGUGUGAUCUUGGUGUGCACAUCUCUGAAGAACAGGCUGAUCAAAUUCUCAAAAGCAUGGAUAAAAAUGGCACAAUGACAAUUGACUGGAACGAGUGGCGAGAUUACCACCUUUUGCAUCCAGCAGACAACAUCCCCGAGAUCAUCCUGUACUGGAAACACUCCACGAUUUUUGAUGUUGGGGAGAGUUUGAUAGUCCCAGAUGAGUUUACAGCUGAGGAGAAGAAAACUGGCAUGCUAUGGCGCCUCCUUGUGGCAGGAGGAGGAGCAGGGGCAGUGUCUCGCACAUGUACUGCCCCUCUGGACAGGCUCAAAGUACUCAUGCAGGUUCAUGCCUCCAAGAGAAAUAGCAUGCAGAUCGCCAGUGGUUUUUUACAGAUGAUUCGAGAAGGUGGUGUAAGGUCACUGUGGAGAGGCAAUGGCAUGAAUGUAAUAAAAAUUGCCCCUGAAUCGGCGAUCAAGUUUAUGGCCUAUGAGCAGAUUAAACGACUGAUUGGAAGUAAACAGGAGACUCUGGGUAUCCCAGAGAGGUUUGUGGCUGGCUCUUUGGCUGGGGCAAUUGCUCAAAGCAGCAUCUACCCCAUGGAGCUUCUGAAGACGCGUUUAGCACUUGGGAAAACGGGACAGUACACAGGCAUCUUAGAUUGUGCCAGACAUAUCUUAAAAAAAGAAGGUGUGGCUGCUUUUUAUAAAGGUUAUGUCCCGAACAUGUUGGGCAUCAUCCCCUAUGCUGGGAUCGACUUGGCUGUGUAUGAAACCUUAAAGAAUUCUUGGCUGCAGAGAUUUGCGACAGACAGUGCUGAUCCAGGCGUGUUUGUGCUUUUAGCAUGUGGCACUAUGUCUAGUACAUGUGGCCAGCUGGCAAGCUACCCAUUAGCUUUAGUGCGAACACGAAUGCAAGCACAAGCUACUGGUGGAGGCCCACAAAUGACCAUGACAACCUUGUUUAAACAUGUCUUAAAGACAGAGGGCGCUCUGGGGCUCUACAGAGGUUUGGCCCCCAACUUUAUGAAGGUCAUUCCAUCUGUUAGCAUCAGCUACGUGGUCUACGAGUAUCUCAAGAAAACAUUAGGGGUCCAGUCUAAGUGAGAAAAACACAAGGUUGAGAUGUGGAUUUUGUUUGCUAAUGCUUUUGUGUUUUUAAACCAUUAUGAUCUGGAUUCCUGAUCCUUAAAAUGAUAAAAAGAUGAAUAGACUAAGAUCUACCCUUUAGUUGGGAAGAAAAGGAAAGAAAGAAUCUUGGCAGCUCAUCGUUGUGAAAAGUCAAUGUUUACAUUUAAAACAAAAUAGAGGCUUACUGUUAUUAUACAGUAAUAUGCACUUGCUGGGUUUGGGCACUGAUAAUGCUGGUGUUGUCUAGGAAGAGUUGUCAAAGGCUGCAGACAGCUACCAACAAUUACAGAACUUUUGAAAGUUGUAAAACACAGUUAUGCUUACCUUCCAUCUCUCUUUAAGAGACAUCCAAAAUGGAGCAAAAACCCCAAAACAACACACAAGUCUUUAAGAAGUAGCUAAUAUGAAAGAUAAAACUUUAUUUAUCCUUCUUUAAUAUUAUUUGCAAAUGGCAAAUAAUGUCUAAUGUUCCAGCGAAGCAUGUUUAAAUUGCAUCUCUGCAGAUGUUUGCAGAUUAGUGGAUAAUUAAUUUAGUAUUUAAAAAUUUAUUAAGAUUAUGUACAUUCUAGAAUUUGCAUGUAUUGCAAGAAAAUCAUAAUGUAGACAUUUGAUAUUCAUCAACAUCAACUUGGAGGAAAGUUUCUUGAAGGACUUAAUGUUUUACGGUUUUCUGAAACAACGUCCAGGAGCAGAGGAAGCACUCCGAACAUACUGUCUUAAUGUCACAGAUUUCUACCAGUGCCUUGUGUUAGCAGAGAAGGGAAAAGUCUGGGACAUUGAUUGCACUUUAAGAUAUCUGUUUUGUCUUUAUUAUCUUUUAUAUAUAUUUAAUAUUUAUUGUUAUUUAUUUAAAAAGGUUGAAGACUAAAUCAGUUGGUUGACAGUGCUUUCAGGUGACCAAGGCUCAUCAGUAGUAAUACUGUAUAAUGUUAGCCUUUACAUUUGCCAUAGCUGAACCCCGCCUCUGCUCUUCCACAAGUGUGACUUCAGUUAUUGUGCAAAAGACCAUUUAGCUUUACUUAUAGGUUCAGGAGUGAGAUACAGUGUUGUCUGUAUGUCUGACACAGCCCUUGACUAUUAUAAAAAUUUUGUAUAUCAACAACAUACUCCUGAUAUCCUUUACAAAUCAGUCUGGAUCAGAGGAAACUGCUGGAUACAGGAGCACUGCUUAAUAUGAUGUAGUUUGAAUAAUGCAGAUAUAUAUAUAUUUGUAUUUAUUUUAUUUAGAUGUGUACAUAGAAGUAAUGCAUAAAUUAUGUAUGAAAGGUGGACACAAAUGACUGUUCUCAUGUAUUGCUGAAGAUAAAGAUAACUUAAAAAGUU